UUUACCUUAAAAUUUUAAAUAUAUACUUAUUUUCCUUCCAUUUUGUGUAGCUGAAAAUUUGGCAUUUGUCUGAGCAUGACCUUGUGUCAAGGCUAAAGUUUCGUGCUCCUCUCUCAUCCACCAUCUUUCUCACGCCAAAAAGUCUUUGCAAUUUGAGGUUCCUUCUUCAACAAUGGCUUCAUCAAUGUUCAGUGGAACCGAAAGCCUCACACUUUUCAGUAGCAAAACCCCGAACGGUUUGUGUUUCAAUGCUUCCAAUUUUCACUCUAAAAGAAUAGGUUUCAAUUCUAGCACUACUAAUUUCAAUUUCAGUAAUAAAGCUAGGGUUCGUCAUAAUAGUAAUAGGAUUGUUAGAACCAUAGUACCAAAAUGUAGUUUAUCAGCUUCUAGGCCAACAUCACAACCUAGGUUCAUUCAGCACAAAAAAGAAGCAUUUUGGUUCUAUAGGUUCCUUUCAAUUGUGUAUGACCAUGUCAUAAACCCUGGCCAUUGGACUGAGGACAUGAGAGAUGAGGCACUUGAGCCUGCUGACCUAAGUGACAGGAACAUGAUUGUUGUUGAUGUCGGUGGCGGCACCGGUUUCACCACAUUGGGGAUUGUUAAGCAUGUGGAUGCCAAGAAUGUCACCAUUCUUGACCAGUCCCCGCACCAGCUCGCCAAGGCCAAGCAGAAGGAGCCCUUGAAGGAUUGCAAGAUUAUCGAAGGGGAUGCCGAGGACCUCCCCUUUCGAACCGAUUAUGCUGACAGAUAUGUGUCUGCUGGAAGCAUUGAGUACUGGCCGGAUCCACAGCGCGGCAUCAGGGAAGCAUACAGGGUAUUGAAACUUGGGGGCAAAGCAUGUGUAAUUGGUCCCGUCUACCCAACAUUCUGGUUGUCACGAUUCUUUGCUGAUGUUUGGAUGCUUUUCCCCAAGGAGGAAGAGUACAUUGAGUGGUUUCAAAAGGCUGGAUUCAAGGAUGUCCAACUAAAACGGAUUGGCCCAAAGUGGUAUCGUGGUGUUCGGCGCCAUGGCUUGAUUAUGGGUUGUUCAGUUACCGGUGUUAAGCCUGCAUCUGGUGAUUCUCCUUUGCAGCUUGGUCCAAAGGAAGAAGAUGUGGAGAAGCCUGUUAAUACCUUUGUGUUCUUAUAUCGUUUCCUUUUGGGUGCAUUGGCAGCUACAUGGUUUGUGUUGGUUCCUAUUUACAUGUGGCUCAAGGAUCAAAUUGUUCCCAAGGGUCAGCCAAUCUAAGAGCCGUUUGUGGUUAGUUUCUAUAAAUAAAAAGUGGUAGUUUGAGAUAUUAUCAAUUUAUCUGUUUUGUUUACAUUUUUCAUCAAAUGAAAGAUUAAUACAGUUUGCCCAA